CUUAACUUGAAAAAUGACCGAAGAGUCCGCUGUUAAAGUUUGUGUUCGUGUCCGUCCGCUUAUUGCGAGGGAAGAAAGUACAGCAUCAGAGAAUGCAGAGCCUGUCCAGCUGUUUUGGAAAACUGAUAAAAAAUCAAUUCAUCAGAUCGAUGAUGGGAAUUCCACCAAGAUCUUCAGUUUUGAUCGAGUAUUCACAGCUGAAGAAACAACCAGUCAGCUGUACCAAGACAUUGCAAAGCCCUUGGUUGUUUCCACUGUUGAGGGAUACAAUGGAACCAUAUUUGCUUACGGGCAGACUUCUUCUGGAAAGACCUUUACCAUGAUGGGGAGUAACCAUAUACCUGGUGUGACACCGCUGGCUGUGGAAGAUGUUUUCCAAACCAUUAAAAAUUGUCCAAAAAAGGAGUUCCUUCUCAGGGUUUCUUACAUGGAAAUCUACAACGAGACUGUGACUGAUCUGCUUGUUGAAAGCUGGAAGCGAAAACCACUGGAAGUCAGAGAAACAAUCAAUAAAAACAUCUAUGUGGCUGACCUGACUGAGGAGCUGGUUACAUCCCCUGCACAAGCCCUAGCCUGGAUUCGGAAAGGAGAAAAGAACCGCCACUACGGUAAAACAAAAAUGAACCAGCGGAGCAGUCGCUCACACACUAUUUUCCGAAUGAUCCUUGAAAGCCGAGAAAGGAGUGACCUAGCAUCAGGUGAAAAUGCGGAUGGUGCUAUUAUUGUGUCUCAUUUGAAUUUAGUUGAUCUUGCUGGAUCUGAGAGAGCAAGUCAAACGGGGGCUGAAGGCACACGUUUCAAAGAAGGUUGCAACAUCAAUCGCAGUCUGUUUACUCUUGGCCAAGUGAUUAAGAAAGUGACAGAAGAAAGUCAGAAGGGUUUCACGAACUACAGAGACAGUAAGCUCACCCGCAUCCUGCAGAACUCCUUGGGUGGGAACGCCAAAACAGUCAUCAUCUGUACCAUCACUCCUGUCACUCUAGAUGAGACCCUCAGCACUUUACAGUUUGCCAGCACUGCAAAGAAAAUGAAGAACGACCCCCAUGUGACAGAGGUGUCUGACGACGGAGCUCUGCUCAAGAGGUACCGAAAUGAAAUUGUUGACCUGAAGCGACGACUUCACGAGGUAUCUUCAGAGACACAGACUACAGUGACUGAGAAGAAGGUUCUAUCCCAGCUCCUCCAAGAAAAAGAUCAUCUCCAGAGAGAACAAGAGGACAGAAUCCGAAACCUGACCAAACUACUUGUCACCAGCUCCAACCUGGUUCCUGUUAAGAGGAUGCCUAAGCGCAGAGUUACAUGGGGAGGAAAGAUGCUCAGACUUGCACCUUCAUCUGCCUGUGGUGGUUCAUCUAACCUGAGCUUUGCAGAAACUUUCACUCUUAAAAGGAAAGCUGAUCGCUCCUAUCUGAUGGGGCUGACUGAAGAUGACGAGGAAUUUGAUGCUCACUGGGAGAUUCCUGAUGAGCCAUCAGAUGACAUUGAAAUGAGUCAUAGCUCAGUGGCUGUGCAAAGCUAUGGAGACAGUCCCAAAGACUAUACCUCUCCAGACUGGAUGCGUAAUCUUUCAGGGAAAGUGUCCGACCUGGAGCUGCAGCUGGAAAUGGAGAGUCAACAGAAAGAGGAGGCCAUGACGAAAGUAGAAACAUUAGAAGGAAGAGUUGCAGAGCUGCAACUGCAACUGCAAACAGAGGCCCAGCAGAAACAUGAAGCCUUGGAGAAAGUACAGAUAACCGAAAAGAGGGCAGCAGAGCUGGAGCAGCAGCAACAAAGCAAGGCGCUGGAGGCCAUGGAGAAGGAGCUGAUGUUGGAAUUGAGAUUGGCAGACCGGGAGAAACAGCUUGAAGAACAGAACCACGGUCAGACUGAAAAUGAACAGAUUAGAAAAGAGUUUGCAGAAACCAUCCAGCUGUGUGAAACUCUUGCUUCAGAGAAGGACAAGAUGGUUGCUGAACGUGACUAUCUGAAGGAGGAGCUUGGGAUGUUCAUCGAACAGACUGAACGUCUGGAGAAUGAGAAAGCUGCUCUGUCGCAGGAGCUGGAGGAAAAAGAGGAGACAGAUGAGUUCAAAUCUCUGGAGGAAGAGUUCAAGAAGGAGCAGGAGCUCGAGGUGCAAAAUGAAAUAUCUAGCUAUAAGAAGGUCAUAGAAUCAACUGAAGUCAAGUGCAAGGUACUUCAGAACAAGGUAGAUACUCUGUCUGAGGAGAUACAGAAGAAAACUGAAUCAGCAGAGGAACUUCAGAGAAUGAGCGGAGAGGAUCUUGUGCAGGAGUUGUCAAAGCUUCGUCGCUCUCUGAUUGAUGCAGAGGGAGUCAGCAGAGAUACAAAGAAGGAAUGGGCUGUCCUGCGCAGCCAAAACAUUGCUCUGGAGGACUUGAAAGUGACCCUGACUUCAAACCUUGAGAAGAUGGAAGCUGAAGUUAACAGCCUGCGUUCUCACCUUGAAAUUGAGAAGUCCCGCUACAGAAAGAUGGAGAGUGAUCUCCAAAAAGAGCUUACUGUUACAUUUGAUGAGAACAACAAGCUCACCGAUCUGCUUGAUGGCAAAGUCCCAAAAGAUCUGAUAGACCGCGUGGAAUUUCAGAGAAAACUGGCCACUCUGAGUGAAGAGCUUACAGCAUCUCGUAAAGUAGAGGGAUCUCUCAGAGCUCAGCUGGAGGAGCUGGCUUCAUCUCAAACUCAAAAUCAGCAGAAGCAGCAGACUAAAGUGCUUCAAUAUGUCCGAGCUGAGAAGGAAGCUCUCCUGUCUGAGCAGAAAGCUGAAGCGCAGAGCUCUGCAGAAGAGAUGGACCAGCUGCUCUCUACACUUACUUCCAUGACUGCAGAGAGAGACCAGCUCAAGGUGGACCUGCAGGAAAAUGUGGAGAUGAUGAUUGAAAAUCAGGAGGAGCUGAGAAAUGCUCUGGAGAAGAACCGAGAACAGAAGGAGCUGCUCAGUCAUUUGGAGACUUUACAAACAACCAAAGAGGAUGGAGCUCUCUCUGAGAUGAGUGCACAGCUGGAAGUGCGACAAAAACAUUUGGAGGAGAGUGACCAGCAAAGAGCAUUACUGGUAGAAAGACUGAAUGAGAUGCAGCAGCUGAUGAAGCAUUACGAGAAGAAGCUUGCUAACAGUGAGAUUUCCAGAACCUCAAAUGAGGAAAUCGGCACAGAACUUCAAGAACAACAGAAGCAGCAGACCAAAGUGCUUCAAUUUGUGCAAGCUGAGAAAGAAGCUCUCCUGUCUGAGCAGAAAGUUGAAGCUCAGAGCUCUGCAGAAGAGAUGGACCAGCUGCUCUCUACACUUACUUCCAUGACUGCAGAGAGAGACCAGCUCAAGGUGGACCUGCAGGAAAAUGUUGAGAUGAUGAUUGAAAAUCAGGAGGAGCUGAGAAAUGCUCUGGAGAAGAACCGAGAACAGAAGGAGCUGCUCAGUCAUUUGGAGACUUUACAAACAACCAAAGAGGAUGGAGCUCUCUUUGAGAUGAGUGCACAGCUGGAAGUGCGUCAAAAACAUAUACAGACUCUUAUGGAGCAAGUAGGGAAUGCUGAAAAAGAAAGGAAAGCCAUAUGCAGGGUUAUGUCUGUCUCCGAGGAGAGUGAUAAGCUGAAGGAGACACUGCAGGAAGUGAGACAGGAGAAACAAAAGCUCAGAGCAGAGCUUGGGGACAAGAUGGAUGCACUUCCGUGUGAGAUGAAGACCUUAACAGAGAAACUGGAAAGUACUGAAACAGAGAGAGACAGUCUGCUCUGGGAGAAGGAAGCCAGCUUUCAGAGCUCCUCUGAGGAGAAGGAAAGGCUGCUGUGUAGGUUGAUGACUCUCUGUGAGGAGAGGGAUCAGCUUCAGGAAACACUACAGGAACUGAGACAGGAGAAGCAGCAGCUCAGAGCAGAACUGGAGGACAAGAUUGAUACCCUGCAGUGUGAGAUGAAGACUUUAACAGAAAAACUGGAAAGCACUGAAAGAGAGCAAGACAGUCUGCUCUGUGAUAAGGAAGCGAGCUUUCAGAGCUCCUCUGAGGAGAAGAAGAAACUGAUUUGCAGGGUGACAUCUCUCUGUGAGGAGAGGGACCAGCUGCAGGAGACACUGCAGGAGCUGAGGCAGGAGAAGCAGCAGCUCAAAGCAGAGGUGGAUGACAAGAUGGAGACAAUGCAGUGUGAGGUGAAGACUUUAAAAGAAAAAAUGAAAAGCACUGAAAAGGAGAGAGACGGUCUCCUCCUUGAGAAGGGAACCAGCUUUAAGAUCUCCUCUGAGGAGAAGGAGAAGCUGCUCUGCAGGGUCACGUCUCUCUGUGAGGAGAGGGAUCAGCUACAGGAAACACUGCAGGAGCUGAGGCAGGAGAAGCAGCAGCUCAAAGCAGAGCUGGAGGACAAGAGGAAGACAUUGCAGUGUGAGGUGAAGACUUUAACAGAGAAACUGGAAAGCCCUGAACGAGACCAAGACACUCUGCUCUGUGAGAAGGAAGCCAUCUUUCAGAGCUCCUCUGAGGAGAAGGAGAAACUGUUUUGCAGGGUGACAUCUCUCUGUGAGGAGAGGGACCAGCUGCAGGAGACACUGCAGGAGCUGAGGCAGGAGAAGCAGCAGCUCAAAGCAGAGGUGGAGGACAAGAUGGAGACACUGCAGUGUGAGGUGAAGAAUUUAAAAGAAAAAAUGAAAAGCACUGAAAAGGAGAGAGACUGUCUCCUCUGUGAGAAGGGAGCCAGCUUUAAGAUCUCCUCUGAGGAGAAGGAGAAGCUGCUCUGCAGGGUCACGUCUCUCUGUGAGGAGAGGGAUCAGCUACAGGAAACACUUCAGGAACUGCGACAGGAGAACCAGCAGCUUAGAGCAGAGCUGGAGGAAAAGAUGAAGACAUUGCAGUGUGAGGUGAAGACUUUAACAGAGAAACUGGAAAAACCUGAACGAGACCAAGACACUCUGCUCUGUGAGAAGGAAGCCAUCUUUCAGAGCUCCUCUGAGGAGAAGGAGAAACUGUUUUGCAGGGUGACAUCUCUCUGUGAGGAGAGGGACCAGCUGCAGGAGACACUGCAGGAGCUGAGGCAGGAGAAGCAGCAGCUCAAAGCAGAGGUGGAGGACAAUAUGGAGACACUGCAGUGUGAGGUGAAGACUUUAAAAGAAAAAAUGAAAAGCACUGAAAAGGAGAGAGACCGUCUCCUCUGUGAGGAGGGAGCCAGCUUUAAGAUCUCCUCUGAGGAGAAGGAGAAGCUGCUCAUCAGGGUCACGUCUCUCUGUGAGGAGAGGGAUCAGCUACAGGAAACACUGCAGGAGCUGAGGCAGGAGAAGCAGCAGCUCAAAGCAGAGGUGGAGGACAAAAUGGAGACAUUGCAGUGUGAGUUGCUCAGUGAAGAUCGAGGCUCUGCUGGAGUCGAGGUGACGGUGUCAUCAAGGUUGAACGACUCCACCAGGCAGCUUCAGGAGACCUUCAGAGGAUUUCAGCACUCUAUAGACAGGUGUUCCAAAUACAUCUCCACACCCAUGGACAAGGUUUUGAGGGUGCAGAGUGCCUUGAACCAUGAUUAUCUGACCUCUCUUCCAAAAGCCACCAUGAGCGCCUACACUGCUAUAUGUCAGCUAGGACUUGAGACUGUUCAGACUCUGGGAAACAUUCUAGUGUGCCUACAGGUGAAGGCCCAGGAUUGUCGGAAUCGGUUUGAGGAGUUGGUGAAGAAAGACUUGUCUGUUUUCGAGGAAAGGCGGCUGCAGGAUGUGCUGAUGUGCAGAGUGCAGGCACCUACUCUCUCUGUCAAAGACGAGGACCUCCAUACUGUGUGGGAACACAGACUGGCUGAUCUACUGGACAAGCGGCAGCUCUACCAGCAGAAAAUGUCCAUCAUUUUGAAGAGGUUCUCGGACAAUGUGGCUUGUCAUCCCAAUGAGUUGUCGGCGGAGAUCACAGAGAGGGAGAGGUUCAAGGAGCAGCUACAGGGCGCAAUAAGCACCCAGCCAAUCAGCUUCAGUGAGCUUGACAGCAUCCUUAGCUGUGAGCUGGACCGCAGAGCUGCCCUGGCCCACAGCAAGAAGAUGAUCCUGCAGGGCAUCACUGCUGAACAGAGUGUUCUGAGUGAAGAGCUGAAGCUGCUGGAGGCUCAGGCUCGUUUUCAGCUCAGAGAGGAGAAAAGCAAAAGUUCCACUCUGCUGCAGGCGAUUGAGGGAGCUCCUCUGAAAUCAGAGCUCUCCUUGCUGAAGGACAACCAGAACCUUCUUACUCAACUCAUGCAAACUGAAGAAGAAGUAAAAGCUUUGCAUGUACAAAAUGAGCAGCUGGAGGAGGCACAGAUAAAGGCCACAAACAGGCUGUCCAGCCAUAAGCAGGCCACUCAGCUUCUGCAGACAGAGCUGCAGGACAGCUCGGCGCAAAACGAUGAGAAAGAGAAGACGAUCCAAACGCUCAGGGGCAAACUGCAAGAGUCUGAGAAAAGAGCAUCACCCAGUGUUGCUGAGCUGGAAAUUCUCCAGACUAAACUGUUCAAAAAGGAGGUGGAGUUGAGUUCUGCAUCUGAUAAACACAAACAAGAGAUCCAGAGACUGAGUACAGUGCUGAACGUGAAGGAAGAAUCAUUAAGAAAUCUGAAGGAGACGUUGAGGAGGCUACAACAGCAGGGAGAGGAGUCAUUCUUGCAGGGUGAGGACCUUCACACUAAACUGACCAACCCCAAAGGUGUGGUGAUCAAGAGCAGCAUUCUGCUGGACAAGACCAUACUUGAGAAGGAAGUCAAACAGCUUUGCCUUAAAACAACAGAGCUGGAAUGCUUGGUGUCCACUCAGCAGACAGAGAUAAGCAAGUGGAAGAGCCGAGCCAUCAAUCUGAAGGCAAAGAGCAAAGUUGAAGUGGACAAGCCUUCAUCGCCCUGCAAGACUACCAAGAGGGGCCUACAAGAGACCUCAGACUCCAGCUUCCUUAGCUCACCUAAGAAGUUGCUGGUUACUUCUAGGAAGAUCCUAGACUCUCCUAGGAAGGUGAUGGACUUUCCAAAGGUCUAUCAGCUCGACUCCCCCAAAAGCAGUUUCUUUGAUGUGGGUGGGAGCUCGGACCUGCUGCCCAGAACCUUUCCCAAGCAAUUCUUUGAUAACUCCAGCCUUGGCACCAUUCCAGAUGCAGAUGCAGCUACAGGUCUCGAUGUAGCCAGAAAGGACGAGUGGUGGCCUAAGUCUCCAAAACAAGAAGACAUGUGUAAAACACAGUAAAAUCACUUGUAAUAUUUUAAAAGCCUAUGUGUUAGUCAUAAUUUCUGUUGU